CAGCCAUCACCACAGCCUCCAGUUGCCACAGCAUGGGUCCCAACCAUCACCGUGGUGCAGGGACCGCAUCUAGUGGUGAUGGAGAGGCGCGACGUGGUGGUGACGGCGGUGGUGUGCACCGUGCUGGCGUUGCUGCUGGUGGGAGGUUCUCUCGCCGCCUGCUACUGGUGGCGCCGCCGGAAGCGCAAGAGGGAGGCCGACAACGACGGCGGUGGCGAGGGCGGCGGGGGUGGCGGCGGGGGUGGCACCCCGGCCAAGGAGCGCCGCGUCAACGGCUUCCUCAGCCUACGCACGCCCCUCAUCUCCACCAAGGCUCUCGGGUCGAUGGGUACCAGCUCCGGGUCCAAGUCUGGAGCGGCCCAGUCGUCAUCGGCAGCGGGGACGCCUGGAACCCCUGGCACCCCGGGGACGCCGGGCAGCGGAGGCCCGCAGGGAUCCAAGGGCCAGGGAAAGGGCCAGGGCGGCGCCGGCGCCAGUGCGGGUGCGAAGGGCGAGCACUCCUCGAUGGCCUUCCUGCAGAACCGCUCCAUGUCGAUGCUCGACAUGUACAUCGACAACACGGAGUCGUCUGAGAACGUCGGCCAGAUACACUUCAGCCUCGAGUACGACUUCCAGAACACCACGCUCAUCCUCCGGAUCAUCUCGGGGAAAGAUCUCGCUGCCAAGGACAUCUCCGGCACGUCGGAUCCCUACGUGCGCGUCACACUGCUGCCCGACAAGAAGCACCGGCUGGAGACCAAGAUCAAGCGGCGCACACUCAACCCACGCUGGAACGAGACCUUCUACUUCGAAGGUUUUCCAAUUCAGAAGCUGCAGAGCCGUGUUCUGCAUCUGCACUGUUUCGACUACGAUCGAUUCUCCAGGGACGAUUCCAUAGGAGAAGUCUUCCUGCCUCUCUGUCAGGUGGACUUCUCUGAGAAGCCGUCUUUCUGGAAGGCGCUGAAACCGCCGGCCAAGGACAAGUGUGGGGAGCUGCUGACGGCGCUCUGCUACCAGCCCAACAACAGCGUCCUCACGCUGACAUUGCUCAAGGCACGCAACCUCAAGGCCAAGGACAUCAACGGCAAAUCAGAUCCCUAUGUGAAAGUGUGGCUUCAAUUUGGAGACAAGCGUAUCGAGAAGCGUAAGACACCAGUGUACAAAUGCACUCUAAAUCCAAUUUUUGAUGAAUCCUUCAGCUUCAAUGUUCCUUGGGAGAAAAUAAGAGAAUGUUCUCUGGAUGUUCAGGUUAUGGAUUUUGAUAACAUUGGAAGAAAUGAGCUUAUUGGACGCAUUAUGCUUGCUGGUAAAAAUGGUUCUGGAGCAACAGAGACAAAACACUGGCAGGAGAUGAUAACAAAACCACGACAAACAGUCAUACAGUGGCAUCGACUGAAACCUGAGUAACUAAGUUAUGAUGGGAUCAACAAUGAAGUCUACGACAAUGGAUCUUCUACAAAUUAAAUAAUACUCUGCAUUAUUUUUACAGUCAUAACCCUGUGAUCAAAUAUAAUUUGGCAGUGUACAUAUCUUGUGGAGUGAAUUUCUUAUAAAGCAGGCUGUGAUGAAAUUGUCAACAUCAUAAACUCAGUAAAAUGUAUGUAUAUUACAAAGAAACAGAUGGAACUGCUAUGUAUUGUCAGUAAUAAUUAUUUUACAGGUACUAAGCACCUUGAAUGAAUUUUCAGUCAUUUAUUAUGGCAUACUUGUUUUAUUUUGUCAUAAAUUUUAUGUAGCAUGAAGCUCUUUGUACUCUUACUUAGAGCUAUGCGAAUCCAAUAACAAGUCAUACACAUGCACAUAUGUGACACAAAUUCAAGAGCUUCUUAUAAGCUUUUAAUGUAAAUUGUGUUUAUGAUGCUGAUCUCUGUAACUCGUGCUGAAAUAUCUUGCUAGCAAUGUAAGUGUGCUCUCUAGUAUACAACAGACAUACAAAUUCUUUUGAAAAGUCAGAAAUGUAAAAAAAAAAUUACUGAGUCACAACAUUUCAUUAUUCAACCGUACUUACAGUUAAUUUUAAGUAUUUAGUUUGUCUAGUUAAAUAUGUUUUAAUUAGUUUUUACAAACAAUUGUAAUAGUAUUUCAACAUUUUUGUUUCAUAAACAAAUACCAGAAUGACAUACUAAUACAGUUGAUCUUUACAGUAGCUAGUACCUUCCACUCAGAAUGCAAAAUACUCUCAGCAAGAAACAAAAAUUAACAAUACAUGUAUGACAAUAUGCUACAGUAACUGAUUAUGGUGUACACCUGCAACAGUUUUUACUGGAAUUCCCUUUCAACUGUUUUAAAGAGGGUUAUAUGUUGAUACAGUUGUAGAUCUUGGUCUUGCAUCGACAGAUAAUUUCCCUAUUAAUAUCUGUUGUUCAGUAAUUUUGUUAAAAUAUAAAGUAUGUUACAAAAUAUUAAAAUGUGGGGUAUUAAAUAUCAGUAAUUGUUCUUUGAAAACUUUUGCAUUCAUAUGAAUACAAUUUCAAAAGAUAACCUUGCUAGAGUUUUCAUUUAGUCAGAGGUCUGUUAACAUUCAUUUUGAGUACAAUACUGGUGAAACGUAACAGUGAAAUGAUGCAAAAUGUUAAGUAGGCCUAAGUGAUAGCUCAAAGCUCAGAAACACAAUACAACUACUGUUUGGUGGCUGAACACACCAAAAUUUAAAUGGUAUCAUGACUUCUCCAAUCCUCUCCCUCCCCCUCCAAUCUUUCCCUCUCUGAGAGGGGGGGGGGGGGGCUUGGAGGGGAGGAGGGGAGCGCAGGGGCACCCAGAAAGUGUGCUUUGUCCUUUCAAUUGUAAGUUACUCAAUUCCAAUAUUUAACAUUAGUUAUUAUUUAGAAAAAUUAAUUCCCAUAGACUAACACUAAAUUUUGUUCUUGAAGAAAAGGAAAAAGGAAUCCAUAUUUCUUUAGCUGUACAAGUUGUUUCAUAUAGCAAUCCCCACAGAUGAGAAAAUCAAAAUUUAUUGAUGAAUUUUAUAUUUGUUUUUUUAAUAUACGUAUGUACUUGUAUUGUUUAAUAUUAUAAUUUUUUUUCUUUCUGCAAACCAAGUUACCUCAGAUUAAAAUUUUGGUAUGGAUAAAUACAUUCAAGUAAUAACAAAAAAAAAAAAAAAAUAUUUAGACUGUUUGAUAUGAAAGAAGAGCGUCUACUUAUCAAUUAUUCCACAAGGAGUAUUGAAGCAGUAUUGACAUAUGAUAUAUUCCAAUUUUAGAGAUAAAAGACAAAAACAUAUGUAAAAAAAUUGCCAAAAUAUUUGAAAGAUGUACAUGUGUAUGGCAAUUAUUUCCCAGUUACACCUGUUGCUCCUUUCUUGUCUCAAAUAGCGUUGAUCAAAGAUUAGAUGAAAUAUAUAUACAAUUUCAAGAUUUAUGGAAAAUAGUAGUAGAAGCGGUGUCUAUAAUAUCUGUAUGAACAAAACCACUAGAUUUGUGUCUUUUAAACUGAUGCAUUAAGAUCAAAAAUAAAUAACUGGCACAAGAUGAGAACUAUCCACCAACUGAAAAUUACGAAGUUCAUAGCAUCUCCAUUAGUAAUUAGUCAAUAAUAGGCUGCAUAUUCCAGGUUUUUUGCAAGCAAAAGUUUACAUCAUUGCCAUCUCUAAACAGCAUGGAUAAAGACAAAACUUGAAAAGAACAAUUAAUGAAAACCAAAAAUUCUUGCUGUCUGCAUGACUGCAGUAAAUACAUCAAUUUUUUGUCAUUAUCUACAACAUUAUCUCCUAUUUUUCCAUCACUAACUUCACAUUGGAGAGGCACAAAGGAUUUAAUGUGAGAAAUAGUAUUAGUAAGAAAUUAAUGAGAAGAUACAAUUACAUAAAAUAUUUCAGGUAAUAUACUGUUAAGCUUUGCUUUAACAGAUCUGUGAAUGUUCUUCAGUAGAUAUAUAGGUGUUAAUUUAAUUUAUAUUAAAUGCAACUGAUUAGCUGAGUUGUGUUUUGUGGUUAAUUUGUAAAAAACAAUAUACUGUCAGCAGAAUGGAAAAAAAUAUUGAGAUUGAUCCACAAAUAAAAGAGCCCACACAAUGAACCUACAAUAAAAAAUUAAUAGAAACAACUUCUGUACAUCAGUUGGCAGUAGACGCUGUCAAACACAAAAAUUCUAUAUUUUGAAAGCCAAGUUUCCAUCAUUUGGAAAGUAUGAAGGACUAAAGGAAAUGAAGUUAUUCAUAAAUUAAAGACACAAUGUCUCUCAGAGCCAAGGGGCAUUUACAACCUUAAUUCCUGAAUUAUCUAAUUUCUUAAAACCUUUGUUCUCUUUUGGCAGAGAAGGAAUAACUAUCAUUUGUCUCUCCUACAUUUCUCUCUUCUGCCACUUGAUGACAAGAAAUUUUACAUAUCUUAAUUUCAUUGAUAUAUUUAAUAAUAUUCAAAUUUUCUUUAAAAACAAAUGGUAGUUUUAACAAGUGCCUUCAGUAUUAUGAAAACAAUGGCAAGUUACUUGAUUCCUUUUUCUCCUACUUGACUCAAGCUGAUCUCAUAAUAAAUUUGUUUCUUUGAAGUUGUGCAUUAACUAUAGCUAUUGUCAUCAGGCUCUUGAUAAACCGAACAGUUAUUCCUUACUUGGGAGUUGUUAUGUUGUUAAGACUGGACAAUAAGUUUUGAGAUGCUUUUAUCUCACUAAAUUUCAAGAUAUUAUUGUUGGUGUAUGUCUGUAGAAAUAUAUGUUAGUCCACUCUUGUGAUCAGUUCAGUGUGGUGUAUGGAACAGAUCUAAAAAAAUAACUGCUUACAGUGAAAUGAAACAGUACUAACAAAAAUUUUUUAAAAAAUGGCAUAAUACAGAACAAGGAAGUUUUGUAGCACAUGGUCAGUAAAUAUUAUAAAUAAAGAUAUGAAUUAAUCUGGUAUCAUACAACAAAAACUGUAUAAAAAUACUUCCUGUAAUGGUACAAGUUUAAUUUGUAUUAUAUCAAGAACCCAGUUAUCCAUAUAGUUUGCAGGCUAUAAAAGUAAAACAGAGAUUUCUAGAGACUGCUGUGUAUUGUUUUUAUUAAAACAUGCCAUUGUGACACUUCAGCAAUACAGAACUUAUGUGUAAUAUAUGUGUAGAAAAUAAAUUUCCAAAAUGUACUUGUAGUAGUCAGUAUAAAAAAAGAAGUAUCUGUUAGACAGUAAAAAGAUAUGUAACUUUACAUGAAAAGCUGUCAGAGAAGGACUCAAUCAUAGAAUCUUAAAGGUGAUGUACUAUUUUCCAAAAGAUGAAACAUACUGUGUUUUGUGAAAUGUUAGUUUGUAAAUAUAUUUAAAAAGUUAUUAAAUACAAUAGGAUUUCUUUCUAA